AUGGGAAAAUUUCCCUUGCCCCACGCAGUUACCGACAUACAAUGCGAGAACGACUUGGAAACAAAAGUUACGUAUGGCAGAAAGGCUACCAUUGCGCAGCUACUUGCUACGAUGGUUCAGAGUUUAUUACUGGUAAACGUUGGAAUGGAGUUGGCAAUGGCUACGGUCGUAAUCGGUUCACUUUACAAAAAUCCAAAUGCCGAAUUUUUAAUAACUGAUUCCGAGUCGUCUUGGUACGGAAGUAUACUCUAUUUGUGUCAACCGAUCGGGAGCUGCCUGUCCGGGUACGCGCAGAAACACUUCGGAAAGAAGUCUUGCGUGGUUCUGGCUUGCGUUCCCAGCAUAUUCGGCUGGAUACUGUUGUGGUACUCCAACUCGGUUACCAUGUUGUACUGGUCGACCAUAACGAUGGGAAUGGGCUUGGGCUUCAACGACGGCCCGGCGUACUCGUACAUCGGAGAGAUUUGCGAACCCAGACUCCGAGGAAUCAUGGCGUGCGUGGUAAACAUGGCGUGUCUGAUAGGCGUCUUGUCCAGCUACGGGCUGAGUUAUGUUUUCCACUGGAAAACCGUGGCCGCGAUGAGCGCCCUGUGUCCGGUCAUGUGUCUGACGUUCGUGGCAUUUAUACCGGAAAGCCCGAUCUGGUUGCUGUCCAAAGGCAGAAACGAAAAGGCCAUGAAAGCCAUUUGUUGGCUGAGAGGAUGGGUAGACCCUUGCGUGGUCGCCACCGAGUAUCAAGAAUUGAUGUUUUAUUACAAGACAUCUGUCGACCAAUCGAAAACGAUAAAAGUUUCGAAAGGUCUGUUUUCGUCGUUUUCGUGGAUCAAGAGCGCUUCGGUGUACCGACCACUACGAUUGGUCACAGUUUACUAUGUAUUCACGUUGAUUUCGUGUCUGACACCCUGCCGUCCUUAUAUCGUCAAAUUAAUGUACGAAUCGGGAGUGAAAGAUACCCACAGUAUAUCCUUAGUGCUUUUUGGAUUUAUGCAAUUGGCCGGAAGCGUGGGACUCACUUUAACGGUGCGGAAAUUGGGCAAACGAAUGUUGACUUUAUCGACAUUGUGCAUAAACACGCUGGCAAUAUUCAUGUUCGCUGUAUACUUCUUGUGUAUCAAUUCUGAUUUGAUUAAAACCGAAGCCUACGUGCCAAUGGUGCUCUACUCGAUCAUCAUGUUCUCUGGAGCUAUGGGCAUGUUGACAGUGCCUUGGACGUUGGUCAGCGAGAUAUACCCUAACGAAGCCAAAGGAUUCGCAUCGAGUCUGACCACUGCCAUUUUUUACAUCCUAACGUUUACCGCGACCAAAGUGUAUUUAAGCGUUGAAAACACUUUGGGCCUAACCAAUACCUUCUUCAUGAUGGCAGCUUCCAGUUUUGUUGGGUUCGUAUACCUCUACAGAAAUAUGCCGGAAACCGAGAACAAAACUUUUCUGGAAAUUGAGGAAUUUUUUGUACCCAAAAAGGAGCAAACUUCAGCCGAGCUGAUACCCGGAUCCCGGGCCGUUUGUUGA